AUGGCAGAAGCCAGUUUUUCUCAGGACCAGUUCAGCUGCUCAGUGUGUCUGGAUCUCCUGAAUGAUCCAGUGACUAUUCCCUGUGGACACAGUUACUGUAUGAGCUGUAUUACAGACUGCUGGAAACAGAAGAGAGUCUACAGAUGCCCUCAGUGCAGACACACCUUCACUUCAAGACCUGCUUUAUGUAAGAAUGUCAUAAUUGCUGAAAUGGUGGAGAAACUGAAGACGACAGACUUACAAACAGCUGAACCUGGAGAUGUGGAGUGUGACGUCUGUACUGGGAAGAAAUACAAAGCCGUCAAGUCCUGUGUGGAGUGUCUGAACUCUUACUGUCAAAGUCAUCUUGAACAACAUGAGAAUCUCUUUAAAGACAGGAGACAUAAUCUGAUGGAUCCCAUUAGACGACUCCAUGAGAUGAUCUGCCCAAAACACAACAAACAGCUGGAAAUCUACUGUCGUACUGAUCAGCAAUUCAUUUGUUUUCCGUGUUUGAUUGACGAACAUAAAAACCAUGACACUGUAACAGCUGAAGCAGAAAGGACAGAGAAACAGAGGGUUUUUGAGCUUUUGGGAGAAACACAAAGAAAAUUCCAGCAGGGAAUUCAGGAGAGACAGAAUCAGCUCCAGGAGCUGAGAGACGCUGUGAAGUCUCAUAAGCGCUUUGCACAAGCAGCAGUGGACGACACUGAGAGGAUCUUUACUCAGCUCACCCGCUCCAUUGAGAGAAGCCGCUCUCAGGUGAUACAGUUGAUCAGAGCUCAGGAAGAGACUGCAGUGAGUCGAGCUGAAGGACUCUUGCUGCAAUUAGAGCAGGAGAUUGAUGAUCUGAUGAGUAGAAAUGCUGAACUGGAGCAGCUUUUACACACAGAUGAUCACGUCCAUUUCCUGCAGAUGUUCCAGUACAUCGCCGCUCCUCCUGAAUCUACAGACUUAUGCAGCAUCACAGUCAGUUUUUUCAUCUCUUUUCAUGAUGUGGCAAAUUUAGUCUCUCAACUGAAGGAAAAACUAGAGGGUUUCUGUAAAGAAGAGGUAGAAAAGAUCUUUGAUAGAGUAACAUGCAUUGAUAUGACCACCAAUAAACCAAUGAGGACCAGGGAACAGUUCCUUCAGUAUUCCUGCCAGCUCACUCUGGAUUCAAACACAAUGAAUCGAUUCCUCCGCCUGUCUGAAGAGAACAGUGUGGCUACUUGCACCGACACACCCCAGCAUUAUCCUGCUCACCCAGACAGAUUUGAUGGCUGUGUGCAGGUGUUUUGUAAAGAGAGUGUGUGUGGACGCUGUUAUUGGGAGGUUGAGUGGAGUGGGAGAAAAAGUGUGUGUAUAUCAGUGUCAUACAAGAGCAUCAGCAGGAAGCAAUUGUUUGGAUUUAAUAAUCAGUCCUGGAGUUUGUUCAGCUCUUCCUCCAGUUACGUAUUCAGGCACAAUAACAUAAAGACUGAGCUCCCUGUGUCCUCCAGAUCCUCUAGAAUAGGAGUGUAUGUGGAUCACAGUGUAGGAAUUCUGUCCUUCUACAGCAUCUCUGACACAAUGAGCCUCAUCCACAGAAUCCAGACCACAUUCACUGAGCAUCUCUAUCCUGGGUUUGGGUUUAGUAGUGGAUCAUCAGUGAAACUGUGUAUAUGA